AGAUUGGGAGGAGCAACUGUCAAAUCAGGUAGAGAAAUCUUGAUUACUCCAAAUAGUAUUGCAGAACAUAUACUAAACAUAUCUAGAGCUCCUAGAGAUCGUGAAUUCACAAUUAAGAUUAAAAAAGAACUUACGUCCAUUAAAGCUAAAUGUUUAAAUGAUACAGCGUACUCUCUACCUUUUGAUACUGAAGAAAUCUAUGCUGCCCUUAAACAAAUAAAAGCUGGUAAAGCCCCUGGAAAUGAUGGUGUCCAUCCUGAAUUCCUGUUACACAGCGGCAAGUAUACUAAGCAAUGGCUGGCUCGCUUCUUUACUGACAUCUUACAGAAAGGUGAAAUUCCUUUCGCUAUGAAACAAGCUAAAAUCAUAGCUAUCCUGAAACCUGGAAAACCUAACGAUAGACCAGAGAGCUAUCGACCUAUCUCACUCUUGAGUGUGAUGUAUAAGCUAUUAGAGAGACUUCUUUACAACAGAUUGAGCAAUACAAUUUUUGAGAAUAUUCCGGUAGAGCAGGCUGGUUUUCGACCGAAUAGGAGCUGCUCAGACCAGGUACUAGCCUUCACUACUUUUGUGGAGGCUGGAUACCAAAGGCAAUUAAAAACAUCUGCAGUAUACAUCGAUCUCACUGCAGCAUAUGAUACUGUCUGGCGGCAUGGCCUAAUCUAUAAGCUGCUUCGAGUGAUACCCUGCUUAAAAAUAGUUAAAAUAAUUGAUGAGAUGUUAAAUAACCGACCCUUUCAAGUUGUCAUGGGAAAUUCGAGAAGUAGCAUACGAAAACUAAAUAAUGGCCUACCUCAAGGCUCUGUCCUGGCACCACUGCUUUUUAGUCUUUACAUAGCUGACUUGCCUCAAACAAAGGCAAGGAAAUUUGGAUAUGCAGACGAUUGGGUGAUUGCCACGAGACAUAAAGACCUUGCAAUUACUGAAAAGAUCCUGACAGAGGACUUAUCAACCUUAGGACAAUAUUUUCGCCAGUGGAGACUUCAAUUGAGUAAAACAAAAACUGAAGCUUCAUGCUUUCAUCUUAAUAAUAAGCUGGCAAAUGAAGAAUUAAAGGUUUACUUUGACAACAAUUUAUUGAAACAUAAUAUGAACCCGAAAUAUCUUGGCGUCACUUUGGAUAGAACUUUAUCUUUUAAAACACAUCUGAUGAAUUUAGCUGCCAAGGUUAAUACCAGAAACAACAUCCUCCAAAGACUAUGUGGAACUACAUGGGGUUCUUCGCCGUCCACCUUACGGAUCUCUGCUCUUGGCUUGGUUUUCUCUGCAGCAGAAUACUGUGCACCGGUAUGGAUGAACAGUGCUCACAUUAAAAAACUGGAUGCCCAACUAAAUGCUACUCUACGUAUCAUAACAGGUACUAUUAAAUCAACUCCUAUUCACUGGUUACCUAUUUUGAGCCAUAUCCCUCCAUCUGCACUCCGAAGGGACAGCACUUUGCUCAGGGAAUAUAGGAAAAUAUUGUCUAAUCCACAACUUCCGAUCCAUCAGGAUAUUGAUGACCUCAACAUAAAUCGACUUAAAUCAAGACACCCUCCUCUUAUAAGAGCUAAAUCCCUGCAUUCCAAUAAUUUCAACCUCACUGAAUCUUGGAAAAGGCUCUGGGCUGAUGUCUCUCCGGUGGACAGUCGACAACUUCCUUGUAUCACAAAGCGACCACCUGGAUUUGAGUUAUCCAGAAAUCUUUGGAGUGUGUUAAAUAGGAUUCGGACCAAACAUGGGUUGUGCAGGGACAGUCUUUUUAGGUGGGGAAAAGUUGCAUCCCCACAGUGUGACUGUGGUGCUGAAAGACAGACUAUACAUCAUAUCUUGGAAGAUUGUCCAGUAAGAUCUUUUUCGGGACAACUGAGUGACUUCUUGAUUAUGACUGAAAGUGCUUUAAACUAUAUUUCUAACAUGCAAACAUCCUUUCAAGAUAUAAGAAGAUUUGCUGAUUGCGAUCUGAGUUUAGAACAGAAAUUAAAGAUGUUGAAUUUUAUGAAGAGAUUUGGUAAAGCAUCUCUAUGCUUAUCCAUCAAUGAUUACUUCAACGUUACCAAGAAAUUUCCGAUUAAAAUGAUGCAAACAUCCUUUCAAGAUAUAAGAAGAUUUGCUGAUUGCGAUCUGAGUUUAGAACAGAAAUUAAAGAUGUUGAAUUUUAUGAAGAGAUUUGGUAAAGCAUCUCUAUGCUUAUCCAUCAAUGAUUACUUCAACGUUACCAAGAAAUUUCCGAUUAAAAUGACCUUUGUCAAUAAUGGAAUAAUCAAAGAGAAAUCUAAAUACGUUCACCCAACAAAUAACUACAAGGCUGACAUCACUGAUAUUAAUGCAGAACCAUACCCUACUAACUUUAUCUUUACGGAUGGUUCCAAAAACAACAGAAAUGUAGGAGCAUCUUUUAUUCAUUUUAAACAUGGCAAUGCAAACUUCAAACAUGAAGCCGGCUUUAAACUAGCCAGCUAUUGCUCUGUUCCUGAUGCCGAAUUGUACGCUAUAUUUCAAGCUAUCUCUUACAUUUACACAUUGAAAGACUACAAAGGACAUCUACGUAUAUGUACGGAUAGCCAAACCUCACUUCGUCGUAUCAACAGUGACUAUUUUGAUUGCGAUAUGAUAAAUAACAUCCGGAAUAAGUUGAAGAAUAUACACAACUAUAAAAUCAGCUUCGCUUGGGUUAAAGGCCACAGCGGGGUGCAGGGAAAUGAAGAAGCAGAUAGACUAGCGAAAAAGCAUGCUAAUGAGAAUGGUGAGAUCAUCUAUACUGCUCUUACCAAGAAAAACAUCAAGGAUCUGAUUCAACAAACUGCCCUUCAGCUGUGGCAAGUGGAUUGGGAAAAUGGUGAUACAGGAAGAAUCACCUUUAAAUUUUUCCCAUGUAUUCAACAGAGCCUUGCCAUGAAACAUUUGAAUAUUGGUUACAUCAUGACACAGACAUUCACCGGACAUGGGAAUCUGAAGCACUACCUUCAUCGAUUCGGUCUUUCCGACGAAGAAACAUGCAGUUGCGAUGGUGCAUCGGUCCAAGAUGUCGAUCACUUGAUUUUCUACUGCAGCAACUAUAACAGAGAAAGAAGCUCUUUAAUUCAACAAACAUUGCAACACGGGUUCAAUUGGCCAUGCGAACUACACCAUCUCGUAACUGAAAAAGAACUUUUUUAUGAACUUCAAACUUUUAUUAAGAAGACUAAAGCGCUUGAGACGAACUUUCAAAGAACACAUUAG